UCCUACCCUUCCUCAACGAUGGAGGCGUCUUUCGUCUUCUUCUUCUUGCUGCUCGUGUUCGUCUCGUCCUCCCUUUCCACUGCCCUCCUCUCCACCAAUGGCUUCAGCACCGAAGUGCAAUCUCCGAUUGAGAUCAAGAACCUGCUCGAGGACCCCCAUGGCGUGCUCAAGAGCUGGGACAAGAACUCCGUCGAUCCGUGCAGCUGGGCCAUGAUCACCUGCUCGCCGGACUCCCUCGUCACUAGCCUGGAAGCCCCAGGCCAGCAUCUCUCCGGCCGGCUCGCCCCAAGCAUAGGCGACCUGACCAACCUUGAGACUGUAUUCCUGCAGAACAACAACAUAACUGGGCCAAUCCCAGCACAGAUUGGCAAGCUUGCGAACCUCAGGACGCUCGAUCUCUCCAGCAACAAAUUGUGUGGUGAAAUCCCCAGCUCCGUGGGACACCUUGGGAGGCUCCAUUACCUGAGGCUCAACAACAACACCCUGUCUGGUCCAAUCCCUUGUGAGUCAGCUAACUUGCCACACCUUUUCUUCCUGGAUUUGUCAUACAACAACCUGAGUGGUCCGAUACCGGGAUCACUGGCAAGGAGAUACAACCUAGUGGGAAACCCCCUCAUCUGCGAUGCCAACAGGGAGGAAAAUUGCUAUGGGACAGCGCCGAUGCCGAUGCCGAUGUUUUUUUUUUAAAAAAAAACUCAUGAUUUAUUCCAACUUAAACACAGAGUACAUGAGUGAUGUUUACAUUAAGAAGGGCGUUAUGCAACAGAAGCCCCAAAAAAGGGCAGGUUUCAACAGAUGAAGAACAUUUUGGCAAAGAUAAGAGAUUUGAGUAGAUGUUGCCGUAAGUCUGGCUUUGUUUGCUAGAUCAUGUGCGACCAAGUUUAGCUCCCUCGUCAUCCAGCUGAUAUGAAUUUCAUCAUCCUGUACCAUCAAGCGCAGUUGGAACCAAAAAGGUAACAGGGACCAGUGAAGAGGAUUGGAUAUGAAAUCAUUUCUCACAAUAGCCUGGACUAACGCCUUGUUAUCAGAAACAAAGCUAGUGUUGCUGAAACCAAGAACAGAACAAAGAUGAACAGCCAAAAUAAUUGCACCCAGUUCAGCCUGAAGAGGAGUGUUAUAAAUAGUCGACGAAGCUUGCAGGAAGAUUGCUUCAUUAGUGAGGCUGUUAUGCACAAAAAUUAGAUCCAAAAGAUACCUCCGUUUCAACUUUCAUAUUAUAAGGCGUUGGUUUGUCUUUUAAAUCAAACACGUGUAAGUUUAAACGUGUUUAUAGAAAAAUGCUUCGAUAUUUAUAAAUAAACAAAUAUCCUA